AUGACUGCAAUUUGUAGGGCGAGGCUGCUCUCAGACCUGAGCGGGCAAACGGCCUGCGACAAGGAAGCAACUUCUUCUGAUGGACGGUUGUGCGCGUUUCACUCUCGUCAAUGUCAAGCUCUAUAUCGGGGCUACAAAAGACGCAACGCGGAGCUUGAUGCUCUGUCCAGCAAGCCGCCAGCCUACCUUACAGGCAAGAAAGGCUCUGCAGCGUCACAGGAUUUUGCGGAUAUCGACGAUGAGGCAACGCUCAAGACAGUACAUGAUUAUCUGUUUAAAACUUUUCAACUGCUUGAUCGAGUCAUUCGAGCCCGUAAAUUACACCACAGCCAUUUCUUCGCCAUCGACAACGACUAUGGCCACCAGAAGUAUCUUGACAGACUCCAGAGCGACAGACAAACUAUGACAAAGGCAUUGGAAAAGCUCGGCAAACGUGCGGCUACUGUGAUGUAUGAGCAAAAGCAAUGGUUCGACUGGGUGAAACAAACUCAGGAACAAGAAGAGAAACAAGGAGAGACCGAGUCCAGAAAGGUCAAACUGGAGUCGCUGUUGUUCCAGCGUCAUCAAAAAGAGCUCAAGCGACAGCAGCGUCAGAUGAGAGCGAAAGAGGACCAGAAACAGCAAGAGCAGUAUCUUAACGAGACGUAUAAACAGCGUCUUUCGGACAUGUCUGAAGAAGAGCAAGACGAUUGGGACCCCAUCAAGGAUGUAUUUGGCUACGAACGGGACAACUAUGUCGAGCUCAUCAAAUACUUCCUUAUGCUUCAAGACAACGAGGCCAACGACGCGAUCGAGGAUAUAUCUGCCAAACCUGUCGACAUUCCGCAGACCGAUGGCACCUCCGGGUCGACUGCGCCUACAAAAGCGCUCUCUAAAAGUGCGAAAAAGAGGGUGAAAAAAGCCAACGCGGAAACCAAGAAGCUGGCAGAUCCAACACUACAGACAAAUGACGGCCGAGGUGCAAACAUCAUUGAGAUGGAAACCAAAGGCCAGAUGCGUGACCGACUUCGCAAGCCUGUCAAGUUUGAACGAGCGACAGGUUGGUACGCGGCCGGGAGCGGCUCCAAUAGCUAUGACGCACAGACACCUGUGAUUCCAGACGAUGAGAUUGAGCAGCUUCUCAACGAGGUUACUGAGAUCAAGAACUUUCUAUUUUGUCGACUACUGCUCACUCAAUCAACCCUCCUUCCUGUCGCCCUCAAGGCUGAAAGCAUAGAGGACUUCAUUGGUAAGGAAGAGGUCACGCGCGAGCAUCUUCGCAACCUUUGCCUGAAGCUGGAGCGACCAGUACUACAAGACGUUCGUGACGCCUGUGCUGACUUUAUUCGGGAAAGGGACGGAGUAGAAGACCUUGAGGAACCCGGUGUAACGGAGAAAGUCGGUGAAGACGUCGACAGGUACAAAACACCGGAAAAGUACCGUUUCAGGUUCAAGAAAGGCAAGCUCCCAGACACGUACCAGACGAAGCGCGAGAAAUCUGCCAAGAAAGCCAAUAAACAGGGAGUGGACUUGUUUAGAGAAGAAAACGAUGGUGUCCUUGACUUUGGCCAGAUUACCAACGAGAACCAGUACGCUCGCAAGCGCACUCGCAUCAAAAUUUGCGGGCGAUACAUGUACAACUAUCCCAGCGAGAAAGCUCUUACUCGUGGCGGCUGGUUCCACUUCGCCGUCAUUGCGAAAGACUCUGAUCUCUUCGAUGCUGUGGAGCUCUGCCGCAACUGGAACGAAUUUUUCGAGUUAAACAUCCUUUGCUUGUACCACUACUUUCCAGCUCCGAAAUGGACCAAGUUCAUCGGUGACCUACCGCGUCAACAGCUCCUGCAGUUGGGCUUUAUCCCAUACUUCCAUGGAGACAAAGCAGAGAAGGUCACGAACUAUUUCCAGACGGGAAGCCGUGGCAUGACCCGCCGAGCGCAUCAGCACACAGAGAUGCGGAACUUUAUCUGUGGUCACAUCAAGCGCGAUGACCCUGUCAGCCGCAGAUUCAUCCAGUAUCUUGCCAUGGAGUCGUGGGAACUGCGCGCCCUGGUGCGCGAUGCUAAGACGGGUCGUGUGCUCAUAUCGCCGCCUGAAGACGAGCUUUGGCUGCUUCGAGAGAAGAGCGGAUGGGGUAGGGCCAGCCGAAACGAGUAUGAGGUCCAGGGAGAAGUAGGACCUGUGUUCUUUGAGGCGAUGGACAAGUCACGCAAGUGGCACUUCGGCUUUGAGGAGUUCUACGAUGUGUACAUCUGGGACGCAAGUCCAGGCCGUUCCUUUUUCAUCAUGCAGAGGAAGAUUGAGGAGGUGCUUACCCGUGCCAUGAGGGUGAGGGAGCUCAAAGACAUGUUCUCUACCGCUGCCCCUAUCUUGAAGACGCUGACUAAAGACCCAACCACGGAGCGCGUACGAAGCAUCAAACCAGACGAGAAAGCAGAGAGUAUCUGGGAUGGUCUUGAUCAGAACGCUCGAGCCUGGUCGUGGUCUCCACAGGGCGGCUUUGAGAAGGAGGGGUUCGAAGACAGCUACAAGUACACAGAAGCUGAUGAGCUGGAGGACGCGAUCUUGUUCCCGUUGGAGAAUACUGGCCUGCUACCCGACGACCUUUACCAUCACAUUCCUAACGCCAUGGAGAUGUUCGAGAAUGAUCCUCUCGACAUCCGCAGGUUUGCUGCAGACUUGGAUACGGACGACGAACUCGAUAGCUCAGAGGGCGAAGCCUUGGGGGAAGUAGAUGAUGAUGGUGAUUCCGACUGGGCUGACGAAACCGACGAUGACUCUGAAUACGCUUUGAAAAGCGAAUUUCGAACUGGCGAAAGCGAAGAUUCCCACAAAGCUCACCAGAUUCUUAGCGAGCAGUUCCAAUCGCUGACUCUGAGGGAACCGGAUUACUUUUUACCUAUUUUAUAUGACCCGGACUCGAAGAGAGCAAAAGCGCUGCCAAAGUCAGUCAGGUCGACGCCCGAGGAGCUCAUGUGGGCUUGUCGGUUCGCAAUGAGAUCCAAACAAGACUACGACACGAGUCCCGAGGGCAUGGAGGCUGACUUCUUCCGUCACAUUGACCGACAGAAGAGCAAAGUGUUCAAACAAAGCUUCCAUCUCGGAGACGCAGAGCCAGAUGCCCUCUCACGCUACGUCGAGCACAAAUUUAUGGUCGACGCCAUGGAUGAGUUUAUCAUGUCUCGCAACAUCGACCCAGGCCCGUUCGAGCUCUGCAAGACCAUGCACAUGGCGGACAUGUUCUACGAAGAGCGCCGCAUUGUCGAUGACGCAUUUAGGGCGUAUGCAUCGAUCGCAGUCUUCUUCGAAGGUGCUGCAUUCCUCGCUUCCGAGCACGGAGAACCGUGGAGAGACACAAAGCUACUCGAUCAAGAGGAGCGAGCGAAGCGUGUCCCCGAUCGACGGACGUAUUUGAGUAACAAGCUAAUGCCCAAGGAUUUCUGGAAAGAUUGGGAUGAGCUCUUGAAACGGAACCAAAGAACUUCUGGCGAUGCUGUCGAUGACAUCUAUCCUAUGGAGUGGCGCAAAGCCCUGCGUCCUAUCAUCAUUAAGCUGUUCAAGGCUGGCGUCAUCUGCAGUUCCUACGGCGGCACGGCAGCAGGCAUUGCGACUGCCGUAGCUGAACCCGGCCGCAAGCUCGACAUGUAUAUCGACUACCGUGUAGGGAUUCCGCUUGCAAAGAUAGUGUCGCACCUCCAAGACCCCACACCCAUGGACCGCGACUACAUCAUCCAGGCCGUGAAGCGAUUCAAGGCAGAGCAUGCGUGUGCCAGUUUCUCUGUGCUGCGCCUGUGGUCAAGUCCGCACUUCUACCCGCUCAUGCUGGGUAUCGACAGCCGGCCCAUGUGCACGUUCCUUGACGACAGAGAGCGGUGCUGGGAGUGGAAGUUCAUACCCAAGGAUAUGCCAUACAGUGAGUGGAGUGUGCAUCAGCAGCUAUCGUUGAGGUUGCAGCCAUAUGAGUGGAUUUGGCGAAAGCAGGUCUGGGUUGCCAAGGACCUGGUUGUUAUCAUGGGUAAAGAUGAGAAGGAACUGAGGCGGUUCAGCGAGGGCGUCACCUGGGCGAUCCAGACCAAGCCCUGGAGGCUGGAAGUGGACUUUUGGAGAAGCUUUGUGAACGUCGAUGUUGAGUUUUUGGAGAGGCUGGAUCCAGCGUGGUUGAACUGA